UCUGUAAUACUUAUGAUAAUGGUAGUUCAUUGCAUGAAUUUAAAAGUGUAAAUAUUUUUCAGAAAUGUAAAAAAGAUAAACAAAUAUCAAAAACGGAUAAAAAGGUUAAUUUUGUAGAAUUAACAAAAAUGAAUACUAGUAAUAAUGUACAUAAUGAAAGUUUUAAAAACAAAACUCCUAAAAAGAAAAUGUAUGAUGGAAGUUCAAUAGAGUUAAAUACUUAUACGGAAGAAAACACUUGUGAAAAAGAUAUUGAAAAAAAUAUUACUGAUUCUUAUUCAAGGAAGAAUGUAAACCAAAAAGGAAAGUCUGAAAUAAAUACCUUAGCCAAUAUUUCAUUAGGAAAUAAUUGUAGCAUGGACAAUGAGAAUGUUCUAACAAAAAAACCGAAAAAGAAGAGAAAUCAUAAUAAAAGUUUAAAUUUAAUACAUGCAAAUACCAAUCAUGAUACUGAAAUAUUUAACAGAAUGUGUGUAGAAGUUAAUGAACAAACUGUUAAUGAUUCUGAUUACAGGGAAAAUGUAAACCAAAUAGUAAAGUCUGAAUUAAACGCUUUGUCAGAUAUUACAUUGGAAAAUAAAUGUAGCAUGGAUAAUGAUAAUGUUGCAACUAAGAAACCUAAAAAGAAGAAAAAACAUAAAACAAGUUUAAGUUCAAUAGAAAUAAAUACCUAUAAUGAUGCAGAUUACAGAAUAUAUAAAAAAGAUAAUAAACAUAAUAUUAAUGAUCCUGAAUCCGCGGAAAAUAUAACCAAAAUAAAAAUGUCUGAAAUAAAUGCUUUAACAAAUAAGAAACCUAAAAAGAAGAAAAAGCACAACAAAAGUUUAAAUACCACCACUGAAGCAGCAAUCAAAUCAUUUGAUAGAACUUUUGUAGAAGUUAAUGAACAAAAUAUUAUUGAUUCUUAUUCCAGGAAGAAUGUAAGCCGGAAAAGAAAGUCUGAAAUAAAUGCUUUAGCCGAUAUUUCAUUGGGUGAUAGUUGUAGCAUUGAUUAUGAGAAUGUUCCAAUUAAAAAAACAAAAAAGAAGAAAAAUCAUGAUGAAAGUUUAUCAACAGAAUUCAACACCAAUCAUGAUACAAAAAUCCAAAUAAUUGAAAGAACUUAUGAGGUAGUUAAUGAUCAAAAUAUUAAUAAUUUUGAUUUCAGAGAAAAUGUAAACCGAACAAUAAAGUCGGAAUUAAAUACAUCAUCAGAGAUUUCAUCGGAAAAUAAAUGUAGCAUGGAUUAUGAUAAUGUUGCAAUUAAGAAACCUAAAAAAAAGAAAAACCAUGUUAAAAGUUUAAACUCAAUAGAAAUAAAUACCUAUAAUGAUGCAGUUAAUGAUUCCGAUAACACAAAAAAUAUAAGCCAAAAAAGAAUGUCUGAAAUAAAUGCUUUACCAACUAAAACACUUAAAAAGAAGAAAAAUGUAAAUUUAAUAGAAUUCAACACAAAUCAUGAUACAGAAGUUCAAAUUUUUGAAAGAACAUAUGAUGAAAUUAAUGAUUCGUAUUACAGAGAAAGUGUAAACCAAAUAACAAAGCCUGAAUUAAACACAUCGUCAGAUAUUUUGUCGGAAAAUAAAUUGAGCAUUGAUGAUGAUAAUGUUGCAACUAAGAAACCUAAGAAAAAGAAAAAGCAUAAUAAAAGUUUAAACUCAAUAGAAUUAAAUACCAAUAAUGAUGCACAUUUCAGAACAUUUGAAAAAAAUAAUGAUCAUAUUAUUAAUGAUUCUGAUUCCACUGAAAAUAUAAGCCAAAAGAGAAUGUCUGAAAUGAAUGCUUUGGCAGAUAUUUCAUUGGGAAAUGAUUUUAGCAAUGAUAAUGAAAGGGUUCCAACUAAAAUGCCUAAAAAGAAGAAAAUUCAUAAUAAAAGUUUAAACUCAAUAGAAUUAAAUACCAAUAACGAUGCACAUUUUAGAACAUUUGAAAAAAAUAAUGAUCAUAUUAUUGAUGAUUCUGAUUCCACUGAAAAUAUAAGCCAAAAGAGAAUGUCUGAAAUGAAUGCUUUGGCAGAUAUUUCAUUGGAAAAUGAUAGUGAAAGUGUUCCAACUAAAAUUCCUAAAAAGAAGAAAAAUCAUAAUAAAAGUUUAAACUCAAUAGAAUUAAAUACCAAUAAUGAUUCCGAUUCCACCACACAUACAAGCCAAAAAAGAAUGUCUGAAAUGAAUGCUUUGGCAGAUAUUUCAUUGGGAAACGGUUUUAGCAAUGAUAAUGAAAGUGUUCCAACUAAAAUUUCUAAAAAGAAGAAAAAUCAUAACAAAAGUUUAAACUCAAUAGAAUUAAAUACCAUUACCAUUAAUGAUGCACAUUUCAGAACAUUUGAAAAAAAUAACAAUCAUAAUAUUAAUGAUUCUGAUUCCACCGAAAAAAGAAUGUCUGAAAUAAAUGCUUUGCCAGAUAUUUCAUUGAGAAAUGAUUUUAAUAAUGAUAAUGAGAAUGUUCCAACUAAAAAACCGAAAAAGAAGAAAAUUCAUAAUGAACCAAAUAUGAAUAACUCUGAUACCAAGGCAUUAGCAUCUGCUUCACUGGAAAUUAAUUAUAGCUUAGAUAAUGAACAUCUUGUAACUAAGGAAUCUGAAAAGAUGAAAAAGCACGACAAAAUAACUAACAAUCUUAGUAUGCCUAUGAUCUCCCAAAGCCAGAGUAGACUAAAGACUCUGCUAAAUUCCAUGGAAUUAUAUCAUUCUGAGGAAUCGUCAACUAAUAGUACCAACUUAAAUUUGAAACGUUUUAAUUUAAUGAAGUAUCUAACAAAUAAAGAUCCUUCACUAAAAAAUCAUCCUAAUUUCAAACAAAUAAAUGAACAUUUGUCUAAAAAAAUCAAAUUAACCAUAAAUAAAAAAUGUGAAUUAAAAGCAUCAGAUAUUUUAUUACUAAAAACAAUUGGAAAAAUUAUUUUGAAAAAAAUUGUUGAAAAAAUUGAUUCAGCACAGGAUAUAAAAGAUUUAGUUAUUAAAUUACCACCUGAAUGUAUGGAAAAUAAAAUUCAUUUUAUUGAGACUACUUUAAGUAGAUUACCAAAUAAAAGCAAAAUGGAUAUCAUAAAGAAGCACAAUCCUCUGAUCAAACUAAGAGUAUUUAAUAAAGAUGAAGAUAAUAUCAUUCGAGAAUAUUGGUCAAGAUUUCAAAAGGAAUACAAUAUUUCAAAUAUUCUACCAUUCUUAUCUAAUGGUUUGGAAAUAGCUUUGAGUCCUACAGAAAGAUUACAAUUUAUUCGUUAUAUAUCUGCUGGACUUCCUAACCGAUUGUUAUAUUCUGUUUUUAAUAGAUUCAAUAUUCUGUUUAAUGAAUACCAAGACAAAACAGGUUUUAGUGAAGAAGAAGACCAAUUAAUUAUAAAAGUAGACAAAUGUGAUGCAAUAAAAAACAAAUUUUCUGUAUUAAGUUUAAUUCUAAAUCGAACUAGAUUACAGCUUUACAGAAGACAUGAAGUUUUAAAAAAUCAACAUAAAGAAUGUGAAAAAUUUAUGUGGGAUGAUAAAAAGCGGCAAGAACUAUUAACAAAUAUUCUAUUAGAAACAAAUACAGAACAUUGGACACAUUUGAAAGAUAUGAUAAUAACAAAGGAUAUAUUGAUUAAAAUUGCAAAAAACCUUGGCAAAAAUAUUACUUAUAAUAAAGUUAGAUAUCAAUGGAACUAUUUAUAUACCAUGUUAUUUUGUGAAAAACCUAUUUUAACGUCCACGUUCAACUUAACUGUGUUGGAAUUAUUAGAACAGAUAAAUCCUAAGCAUUGGUCGGAUUUGAAUUGGAUAGAAAUAACCAAUAAAUUGUAUCCAGGUGCUAAAAGUAAAGUUAUUUGUAGUUUUUUCCAUAGUUGGAUUGAUAAGAAAGUCCCAUCAGACAUAAAAAAAAACGUUAGAGAUACUAUACAUUAUUUAAAUCGCCAUGAAGUGGAUAAAUUACAAAAAAGAAUUGAUAAACAUGGCGAAAGAGAAUAUCCUAGGCUUACAGUCAAUGAUUAUGAUUUAUUAGUUAAUAAUCAAUAAAAAUGAUUAAUUGAU